AGUUUGGAUGCAGUGAACUACUUUUUCAAAGUAACUUUAGUAACUUCUUCCAGUGAAAAGUAAUUGGUAUCUUGGUAAACUAUAUUUUCAGAGUAGCUUCCCUAACACUGUUAGAUAGCAACAUUAUGUGCUACAUUAGGGUACAUUAUAUGGGGAUUACCAAAUAGUGACGCAGCUGAAUAGAGAAAGUGCGCAGUCAGUGGUGAUCGUUGAGGUGCCACUACCAAGGCUGGAGUGACAUAGGGGCAAGUCCGCACCACAGCUACAGCAGCAGCAAGCAGGAAGUAACCUGGCGGAGGUGUGUGCGGAUGGGAAGCCACUCAUAGUGGAAUCAGAAACGACAGUGCUGCAGGCAUGUGAAAAGGUGGGAGUGCAUAUUCCUCGCUUCUGUUACCAUGAGCGCCUGUCAGUUGUGUCGCAAGGAGAUUGAGUAAUCUCCAAAGGACCAGUGACCAGAGCCGCUUCUUAGAGAGCAAGAGAGCUGUGGAGGACAAGAACAUUGGUCCCUUCAUCAAGACCGUCAUGACCUGCUGUAUCCAGUCCACCCACUGUGUCCGCUUUGCCAGUGAGAUUACAGGUGUGGAGGAUCUGGGGACCACUGUCAGGGGACCUGCAGAUUGGCAUUCAUGUGGAGAAGUUGUUCAUGUCGGCGCUGUCUGGGAAUGUGAUUGACGUAUGCCCUGUGGGAGCAUUGACUUCCAAGCCGUAUGCCCUCACUUCCUGUCCCUGGGAGACCAGGAAGACUGAAUCCAUUGACGUGCUGGAUGCGGUGGUUAGCAAUAUUGUGGUGAGCACCCAGGGGGUGGUGAGGUCAUGAGGAGUUUGCCCCCCCAUCUCCACAAGGUCAUCAAUGAGGAGUGGAUCUCAGAUUAGACCAGGUCUGCGUAUGGUGUGUUGAAGCGACAGCGCCUCAAUCAGCCCAAUGUGAAGGAUGCAUCUGGCCAGCUGGUGGCCACUUCCUGGGAGGACGUGUUGACAAUGACGGCCCAUACCGGCCAAACCCGGAAGGCGAACGCCAAUUGUGCGCCGACCUAUGGAACUCCCAAUCACGGCCGGUUGUGAUACAGCCUUGAGUGCUUCUGUUUUAUUUUCAGACCUCCCUCCCCCAUAUAUUAUGUGUAUCAACAAAGAGAACAGUCAAUCCACAGUGAGUUGUAGCAUGUUCCUUGUUGAUUUUGUGUUUGUCUGUUGUCCUUUAUAAACUCUCUGUAGACACCAGUAGUCUAUGACAUCAGUGUUUUCGUUUGCAGUUGCAAAGAGCUCAAGGCACCAAUGUCAAGGCCGUUGUAGGAGGGAUGAUGGAAGCAGAGGCUCUGAUCGCCCUGAAAGAUAUGCUGAACCGCUUGUGUAGUGACAGCCUAUGUACUGAGGAGAUCCUCCCCAUGGCAGGGGCUGGCCAAAGCAGAGCUGCCAGUGCUUCAGCAGCGGUUGCAAUGCCUGCUUGCCUCCCAGGAUAUUUUUGUUGGUAGAACGCCUGUGACAAGGUCACUUCUGGUGACGUUUCAAAAAGACAUUCUACUCAAAAAUGCAUGAAAAUUCAAUGAUGUUGACACCAUGGGAAACUGCACUGUAUUGAGCAAGCAGUGGCUGUGGGCUCCUGGCUCUCAUUCACGCCACUGCUUGCUCUGUUUGCUACAAAUAUAUGUUGUAACUUGUCACUCUGAUCUUAAAUGGAUAAUGCGAGAUUUUGGCAAUUAAGCCCAUUUUUUACUUCCCCAGAGUCAGAUGAACUCAUGGAUACCAUUUUAUAUCUCUGUCUGCAGUUUGAAGGAUGUUGAAGGUAGUUUCGCAAGCCAUUGCCAACUAGCGUUAGCGCAAUGACUGGAAGUCUACAGGAACAACUAGCAUGCUAGCGCAAUUGCUAAAUGAAUAUAGGGGAAACACUGGCUGAGCCUGAGGGGAACAGUGGAACAUUCCUGAUCUGGGUUCUAUUUCCUAUAGAUUUGACCUGCGCUCAAACUACCUUCUGAAUUCCUGCAUCGCUGGCAUUGAAGAGGCUGAUUUGCUGCUCCUAGUUGGCACCAACCCACACUGAGGCACCACUUUUUAACGCACGCAUCAGAAAGAGAUACUUCAUGUACCCCUGGUAGUUGGCUUCACAACGAGCUGUAGAUGGCCUUGGUGGGGCGGGAGGUGGACCUGACCUACACGUACGAUCAGCUGGAGGAGUCUGCUAAGGUCCUGCAGGAAAUAGUUCCUGGGACCCAGCCCUUCUCUAAGGUUUUUGCCGAGGUCAAAGCAUCCUGUAGUGGUGGUGGGCAGUGGUUUCCUGCAGAGAGAGGAAUGAAGCCGCUAUAAACGCAGCCAUGUCCACCAUUGCUCAGAAUGCCAGCAGUGGAGUAGGAGAAUGCUGGAAGGUUCUCAAUGUGCUUCACAGGCACCAUGGAGGCGCUGGGGCGGCGAUGGCUGACAUCAUCCUCCCUGGAGCAGCAUACAGAGGAAUGUAGCAUCUAUGUGAACACUGAGGGGCGCGACCAGCAGACCAGGCUGGCUGUGACUGCUCCAGGCAUGGCCAGGCAGGAUUGGAAGAUCAUUCUGCCAUAUCUGAGGAUGUGAAUCAGACUGUCCUCACAGAGCCUCUGGUCCCUCCACAGCUCACUGUUCGAAACUUUUACAUGACAGCUGAUGUUCUCAAGGACCAGAGUCACGUGAUGUAUGAGGGCAAACACAUCCACUUCUCGGAGGUGGACAAUAAGCCAUUGUGCUCAUACAGCCCAAAGCUCUGCAAGCAGCGCAGACUCAAUGGCUAUGCCUUCUGUAUCCGUCAUGUCCUGGAGGAUAAGACCGCUCCCUUCAAGCAAUGUGAAUAUGUGGCCAAGUACAACAGCCAACGAUGCACCAACCCCAUCCCCAAGUCUGAGGACCGCAGAUACUGUAACAGCCACCUCCAAGUCCUUGGGUUUAUCCCCAAGAAGGAGCGGAAGAAGAAACACGAUGCAUUGGAGGAGAUGCGCUCAAGACCUCACCUGGAGUCAGUGGCUCUUAACAUAACUGUGCCCUCGCUCGCUCUGAAGGCAUCCAAUGGCCUGGACGAGCUGUCACCCUCUCCACCCUGCUCCCGUCUGCUACCCCUCCCAGACGGGGAGCUCCUGGACCCUUUUGCCUUCUACGAGGAGGACACUGAUGGGGAAGAGGGCCCUCCUCGGAAGGGCUCCACCGUCAGGAAGAAACAACACAGUCGACUGGUGCUCAGCCAGAAACUCCAGCUCCCCCAUCACGACAAUUCCCUCCUCCAACCACCUCCAGAGCACUUUAGCCCCUCUCCUCUUACCUGUGUGCACCGCUCUUCGCCCCUCCAUCCUCAUCUUCCCCGUCAGCAGCAGACAGGACUCCUCCAGCCCUCUACCAUGCCCUCGUUUGUCCUCCCAGGACAGCAGCAGACAGGACUCCUCCAGCCUUCCACCAUGCCCUCGUUUGUCCUCCCAGGACAGCAGCAGACAGGACUCCUCCAGCCCUCCACCAUGCCCUCGUUUGUCCUUCCAGGACAGCAGCAGACAGGACUCCUCCAGCCUUCCACCAUGCCCUCGUUUGUCCUCCCAGGACAGCAGCAGACAGGACUCCUCCAGCCUUCCACCAUGCCCUCGUUUGUCCUCCCAGGACAGCAGCAGACAGGACUCCUCCAGCCCUCCACCAUGCCCUCGUUUGUCCUCCCAGGACAGCUGCAGGGUUUAUUAUGUAAGCUAGCUCCACCUCAGAUUCCCGCCUUUCUGCCUGUCGGACUGCCCCCCAACACAGCUCCCAGUCCGCUGCAGUCCUCCUGUCCCCCCCUCAGCAGGAAAGCUCUGUUCACUGCCACGCACUUGCCAUCCAGUAGCUGGGACAGCACUCAGCGCCAUUUGGUGGCCAUGCGCCCGGCUGCCUUCUCACCUCCCCUUGCCUGCAUGGCAAGGUUACAGCAUCUGGUGCAGCUCUGCACCCAAAGACAUCAGGAGCACGGAGACCUCUUCCAUCAUCUAGGGUUGGACUGGUCUGAAGACAGUUCAGAGGAUGAUGAAGUAGAGGCAGAGAGAGUUCCACCCUAUCACAAUGCCUGGAGACUACAGGAAGGACACCUGCAGGAUGUCUCAGAUGAAGAUGCUGGCAGCUCGCGGAGAACGCGGCUAGUUCGGCUGUGCUCAUACCUCCAGGAGAAAUACAAGCACCUGUGCAGGCAGGAGAGGGCUACCAUGCGCCAGAAGAAAUACCACUAUGCCUUCCGCAAAGCCCUGCUGCACGCUGCCAGUAAAGACCCCGACUGUGCUGGCCAGUUGAUUCAGAAGUUGCGCAAGGUCUCCCAGACCUCAAGUGAGCCAGGGCAGCAGGAGAUGGGAAUCUGCACUGGAAGCACCAAGGGCCAGGCAUGUAGCAGCCGAGCUCUACCCUUCACCCGACACUGCUUCCAGCACAUUCUGUUGAAUCGCUCCCAGCAGCUCUUCUCCAGUUGCACAGCCAAAUUUGCCGAUGGACAACAGUGCUCCAUUCCUGUGUUUGACAUCACGCAUCAGACACCGCUCUGUGAGGAGCAUGCCAAAAAGAUGGACAAUUUCCUGCGUGGAGACGGUAACCGAAGAGUGCAGCACCACCAGCAGCAGCAGCGAAAGCCGCGUAAGAAGACCAAACCGCCUGCACUCACCAAGAAACACAAGAAGAAGAGGAGGAGAGGGCCGUGGCGGCCCCAGAAGCCCAUCCCGCCGGCGCUGCCCCAGGGGAACCUGGGAAUGCCUUCCUCCUCCAGCCUGACCAUGCCCAACCAGGCCAACAUCAGGAGUCCCUCGACGCCUGAACUGAGCACCGAUGAACUUCCCGAUGACAUCACCAAUGACAUGUCAGACAUUCCAAACGACCUCGAGCUGAACCAGGAGGAUUUCUCGGACGUGUUACCCAGGCUCCCCGAUGACCUUCAGGACUUUGACUUGUUUGAAGGUAAGAAUGGGGAGCUGCUUCCCACCACAGAGGAGGCUGAGGAGCUGGUGCGAGCACUGCAGGCUGGGCUGAUGGGCUCCUACCCAGACUCCCUGGUGUGCCUGACCUCCAUGGCGGAGCUGGCGCAGGCAGAUGGAGUGGACCACCGGGCCAUGGCAGCAGUGUUCCCUGGGCCAGGGGUCCAGCCGGGGGGGAUGGGGGACCUGCUCAACGGCCGCAUCCCCGUAGAGAACUUCUCCAAUCUGGAGCUGGAGGACAACCUGCUGCACUCUGCUGGUGGCCACUUCUCCCCCUCGGUGUCACCUCAGCAGCCCCCUGCCCAGGGCCAGACUCCUCCCUCGGGACCUAGCCUCACCACCUCCACCCGCACAGUCCCCCGGACACACCCGCCCCACAUCUUGGCCAAGCCGGAGGCGCCCACAUCGUCUCCGCAGGGAAGCCAUUACUGCAGCGAGCAUGUACCAUCCCCCUACAACGACCACAUGUCAUCUCCCCACGCCACCUCCUUCCAGACUGACUCUCCUCUCCUGCUGGAGGUACCAAGUACCCCACGCUCCUCCUGGAACAACCUCCCCCUGCCCCUCACUGACCCCACACAGUUCGGCAACCUCAUCAGACCAGAGGGCCACCUCGUAUCCACCUCUCUGUCCACUCCCCCCUCCUCCCACUCUGUGACCCUACAGCCCAUGGCUGCCCUCUCAGCGUUGCCCCAGAGCGGCUUGACAGGCUUGACUGCGCUCCCCGCCCCCUCGCCACCACACGACCUCUUGAUUUCCACCCUUCCCAAGCAGCAGCUUCCUCAGUUCAGCGCUGCCUUCGGCCACCAGCUGGCCUCCCACAGUGGCAUCCCCAAGGAUGUGCAGCCCAGUCACAGCUCCACAGCGCCUCCCACUGGCUUCUCCAUAGCUAGUGCCACCGCUGCAAGUGCCAACAGUGCAACGCCCCCCUUUCCACACAGUAACUAGAGCAAGCCGUGCACAGUACAAUGGCUGUAGGUCAAACCGUGGACUCAAGAAAUAUAUUCACCCAGUGUCCAUUCAUUUCCCUUCUGCUUCAAGUGUGCAAUGUGGUAACGGACCUAACGCUUCACUAUUCUAUUGGAAUUUGCACAACCUCAGAUAUUCCUUAACUGUAAUGAUUUGGUGGUGAUAUAGCCAGUUGGCCACCUGAAAGGGUCCAGUGGUUUGACGUAAACGCAGCUCCAGAGUUUCGCCAGCAGGGGGCAGAGUGUGUGGAGGGAGGUGGUUCAGUAGAAACAUCAAAUGUUAUUUGUCACAUGCUUGGUAAACAACAGGUGUAGAUUAACAGUGAAAUGCUUGCUUACGAGUCCUUAUCCAACAAUGCAGAGUUCAAGAUACAAUAGAAAUAGUGACACGAGGAAUACAUGGAUUGAUGUGGAGGAACAUUGGAGGACGGACCUUAAGGAGAGAUUAUUUAUAUCAUAGUGACAACAGUGCUAGAGAGUACAGUGACAAAGCGUCAAUCAGUGGUCAAUUAAACAUUUUUUUUUAAAUAUUGCCAGUUUAGUCGUGUCUAACAUCCAUCAACAACACUCCCCUGUGUAUUAUUUGGACAGUGAAGCUAGACCUUUUAAUUUGGCUCUAUAUUCCAGCAUUUUGGGUUUGAGAUGAAAUAUUUCAUAAUGUUACCUUCUUAUUUGAGGGUAUUUUCAUUCAUAUCAGUUUUACUGUUUAGAAACAAAAGUACUUUAUGUAUCUAGACCCCCAUUUGAAUGUGUCAUAAGUAUUUGGACAAAUUCACUUGUGUAUUAAAGUAGUCAAGUUUAGUAUUUGGUCCCAGUUUCCUAGCACACAUCAAGCUUGUGGCUCUUGAAACUUAUUGGCUGCAUUUAGUUUGUUUUGUUGAUGUUUCAGAUUAUGUUGUGCCCCCAUAGAAAUGAAAGGUAAAUCACUUAUUUGAAAUAAAAAUAGAAUGUUUCUAAACACUUCUACAAUAAUGUGGAUGCUACCAUGAUUACGGAUAAUCAUGAAUGAGUCGUGGGUGAGAAAGUUCGAGGCACAAAGUUCAUACUCCCAAGACAUGAUAACCCCUCUCCAUUACCAAUAACGGGAUGGUAGCAUUUUUGGGGGGGGUAUGAUAUUUAUGCCUCUAACUUUCUCACUCAUUAUUCAUGAUUAACUGUAAUCAUGGUAGCCUCCACAUUUAAUGUAGUAGAAGUGUUCAGAAACACAAGUGACUCCAAAAUGACACUACAUUAUUUACCAUUUAAUUUUAAUGGGGCACAAAAUAAUCUGAAACGCAAACUGAAAAUGCAUCCAACAAGUUUGUAGAGUGACAAGCUUGAUGUAAUCAUUGCGUGCUAGGUUACACCUUUUGACUACUUUAAUACACAAGGGAAUUUUUCCAUAUACUUAUGAGAGGCACUAGAUACAUGAAGUGUUUUCAUUUCUAAACAGUAAAACGGAUGUGUAUGAAAAUAUCCUCAAAUUAAAGGUGACUUUCUGUUGCCUCAUAUGAAACAGUUGAUCUCAAAUCCAAAAUUCUGGAGUAUAGAGCUAAAUGAAACGUUUUCGCUUCACUGUCCAAAUAAAUAUGUAGGGUAGUAUAUCCUGCCUUGCUAUGGUCAUUGCAUGGGUUCAUCUGUUCCUUAUUCCCUGUUCCAUUCACCUUUUGAAAGAGAUUCUAAGGUAGGUCCUUGUAUGCGGGUGAACCAUUGUGAAGCAACAGAGGAAAUUGUUCCGUCAUCUUACCUUGAUGUAGAGUCCUGUCCACCACUUAACAGAGAAUUUGGCCAAACCACUUUUAAACAGUGUUUUUAAAAAAAAUAUAUUGUGUAUAUAUUUGCUCUAUUAUCGGGUCACUCAUAAACAUAAAAUAUCUUUUGACCUCACCAUUGUGGGACUCCUUAUGGGUGACCUAUUAGCCACUUGAAGGUAAAUUGUGUUACUUUAAGCAAUAAACACAUUGGCACACACUCUUGUCACAGUAUUGUAUUGGUCUCCACUUUAUGUAUCUUCACUAUGUAAUCCAAACCGAUGUGGACCAGAUAUGUUUGGGCCUGUGUAACUCUGACAUAAACCGUUUGUUCUAAAUCAAGUCUUAACUGUUUUGAGUAGAGAGAGACUGUAACUGACCAUUGAACAGGAAGCUUCUCUUAGGUCAUACUGAGUAGUUAUUGCAAAGGGUAAUGGCCAAAUCCAUGGGCUCGGGUGUCCACAACUCUCCAUGGUGCUCUCUGGUCUUGCUAUAUAAUGGCAUUUUAAAAGGACAUUCAUGCAUAUGGUCCCUUCUAUGAUGGGGGUGAUGAUAUAACUACAGUGAGUAUACAAAACAUUAGGACACCUUCCUAAUAUUGAGUUGCACCCCCCCUUUACCCUCAGAAUGGCCUCAAUUCGUCGGGGCGUGGACUCUACAAGGUGUCAAGCGUUCCACAGGGAUGCUGGCCCUUGUUUGAUGCCUCCCAUAGUUGACUGGAUGUCCUUUCGAUGGUGGACCAUUCUUGAUACAUGAGAAACUGAGCGUGAACCCAGCAGUGUUUCAAUUGACUCAAACCGGUGCGCCUGGUACCUACUACCAUAACCCCGUUCAAAUGCACUUACAUCUUUUGUCUUGCCCAUUCACCCUCGGAUUGUGUACGUGUGCCAUUCAAUGUCGCAAUUGUUUGAGGCUUAAAAAUCCCGUAACCUGUCUCCACCCCUUCAUCUACACUGAUUUUGAAGUGGAUUUAACAAGUGACAUCAUUAAAGGGAUCAUAGCUUUCCCCUGGUCAGUCUGUCAUGGAAAGAGCCGGUGUUCUUAAUGUUUUGUCCACGCUGUGUAACUCCCAGUAAAGGACCAGAAAGUCAUCUUUCACUAGUCUAUCAGUGUAUAUGGACAUGUGAAAUGAUGCCCCCUUGUUUUAGUAUCUUAUCUGUUUGUGUGACACCAUUGGUGUAAACUGGUGCAAUGAGCAUUUCUGAGGUAUAGAUAGCACUGUCUGUUGUACUAAAUAAAUACAUAUUCUCAGGUGCAUUAAGGUUAAUGAAGCAUGGAUCUCAAUGUUAACUGUUAAGGAAUGAGGAUGGAAUUAACCGGACAACUCUGCCCUGUCUGGUUUUAAACUCUACAGUAGUAAACCAUGGGUUCGGUAUUUUUUUUAUUUAUUUUUUUAGAAACGGAAAGAUUACUCAUUGUUAAGUAUUAGAUAUAUUUAUAGGGUAGAGGUCUCUACAGUUGAGGUUUUAUUGUGAGUUAAUGAGUGGCAAUGGAUUGAAAAAUGAAGUCAAAUAGUCUUUUGCGAUGUGCUUGAUGGGAACUUUUUGUGGAACACCCCUUGUUUUAAAGGCUAUCAAAACACUUGUAAUUUCUCUUCAAAAUGAAAUGAUCGAUGUUUGUGUACAUUGUCAUUUAGCUAACCAAACUGGCAAAAUGUCUAAUGUAAGACAGUAUUUUUGAUAGCUAUUAAACUCCGGCAAGUAGUUGCUGCUGAAAGACUGGUGUUGCAUGGAGAGACAACUUUACAGCUGUGUGCAAGGCCACAACAUUUCUCCCUUAUUGUGAUUAGCAGAUCUCUUGGUAGCAGUAAAUCCAGCCAUAGCGUACUUUUUUUUUUUUUUUUGCAAGUACUAAGGAUAUAGUGCACAUAACAGCACCCGUAUUCAUUUUGGAUUUGGAACACACAGCUGACCUGCUCUAAACAGCACUGUGGGAGGCCAGAUGCUCUCAGUAAGCAUCUUGCCUUUUGUCAUGAUACGAAAAACUAACAGCUGCCAUUAACUGCACACACACUGCUUAGAAUCGAGCAGGCCCCACUUCCAACUGUGAGAAGGCCUAGUUAUUUCAAAGAAACAGACAUUACCAGAGCAGAUGCUUCAAGUUUCAGUUUAUUUUUUUGCUUGACCACAGCAUUGUUCCUAGAUGUACAGCCCCUAGGAAUUAGGUGGGCUGGAAUGUUUUCUUGAAUUUGCGCAAGCAAGGCGAUACUGCUGUAUUCACAAAGCAUGAGAUUAGAUUCAUUGCAGUUAGACUCCUCACCAACCAUAUAGAACAAAUUAAGCAGGGCUCUGUAGGCACUUGUAACUGCUUGAAAUCUGAGAGAUGGCUGACAAAUUCCUAUACUCAUUGAAUGUACUGUAUUACUGUUUUUAAAGAUGAUAGGAUGAGCUAAUAAUAAUCUAGUCACCUUUUGUUAUCGGUCCUUGUAUAAUUUGUCUAAGGUAUUUUUUUGUAUACAAAGGUUUACAUUUUUAUGUAUAUUUUUCUUGUGUACAAAUUAUGUAAUAUGUGUAUAAACACUGUAUGGAAUGUGUAUAUAGUGUGAUAAAUGUGAUCUUUUGUUUUUGGAUGUAUAAAUAAAACUUGCUGUGAGGUAUUUGCUGUCA